GCAUAUGUGUAUGGUGAUGAGAGGAGUGCAGAAAAUAAAUAGUAAGACAGUUACAUCAACGAUGCUUGGUGUAUUCCGGGAUGAUCCUAAAACUCGCGAGGAAUUUCUUAAUCUGGUUCAUAAUAAGUAAAUUUUUUUUCUUCAAAAUAUGAUUUUUUAUUAUUGGCCAAGGGACCACUGUAUUUAAAAUGGCCCCCAAUACUUUUCUUCUUUUAACAUUUUUAUCAUAUUGCUACCUCACUACAGAAGACGUCGAAAAACAAGUUGAUUUAAUGACGUGCUUUCUUGUAACAUUCCUUUUAUUUUUUUAAGGAAUAUUUUGUACACAUAACAUUUUAAAAUAAUAUUUUUUUAUUUUAAUUAUUUUUUUCAUGUAGUUAGGAUAAUCAUAUCGACGUAAUAAAGUUGAACAAUGUUGUCUAAGACGUUUUUCAAGACGCUCUUAAACUGCUGAUCGAAUGACAUAAAGACAAUACGGUAAUUACUUAGGGAAAUUUUCCAUAAGUACUAGAGUAAAAACUAAUAUUUCUAUGUAAAGAAAAACUUAUGAAUCAUUUCCCGAAAUGGCAUAUACAUAUUUGAGAAAGUAUGUGAUAUUUUCGUUAGAUAUCCAAUAUUGCUAAUAAUAUACGUAUAUUAAUAACAUUAUCAUGCUGCUGGACCAGCUGUAAUUAUGUUUUUGAUUAUUGUUAUAUUUUGCAAAUAUUUUCAUAAUGUUAUUAAUAUAUAUAGAAAAUGGCUAAAUAACAUUUAAAGCAUCUCUGGUAAAGUAACUGCACUGUUUAUGAAAAUAAACUUAAGAAAUUUCGAGACCGAAGUUUCUCGAUCGGUAUGAACUGAAUGAUUGCCAGAACACUUUCAACGGCCUCGUAAUUCGUGACAAUACAUAUUUUAGAUUCUAUACUAUGAUUCUGACUGAAAAGUGUUCGCGUUGCGAUACAUCAUGCCAAACGAGAAACACAGAUAAGCCUAUUAUAUUUUAGAAAUAAUUUCUAAAAUAAACGACGAAUAAACGAUAAAUCUUUCAAUUUCGUUAUCGUUUUCAGCUUGUAAAACGUUAACAGCCAUACGUUUUACAAC